AUCAGCAAUCUGGAUACGGUCAGCCAUUCAUGAACAAGAACAUGUACCCGAUGUACCAGCAACAGCAGCAGCAGCAGCAGCAGCAACAGCAGCACUCGAGCAAGCCCGGAUCAGGAAACAACUCUCACUACGGCAACUAUGGCUCGACCGGCGCGGGCCAGGGAAGCCAUCACCAGUACUCGCAGUCCGGGUACGAUGACAUGUCUGGAGCGGGACUCCACGGCAUGGGCGGCUUGAGCAGUGACCCAUACAAUAAGUAUGGCAACCCUGGCAUGCAGGGCUUCCUGGGUGGUCAACAGCAAGGUGUGACCCCUACUUCAAAUGCUGGCAGUGCCAAGGGUAGUGCUGGUGCGAACACCUAUGGUGGAGCAGACAAAUCUGGCGGCGCAGGAUCGCAGAACGCGAAUGUCGCUGGAGGGGCCUCACUCCAGGGUCAACAAGGGGUCGGUGGAAUGAACCAGGGACAGCAGCAAGCUUAUUACCAGCAGCAGAUGUUCUCGAGUUACCAGUAUCCUAACCACCAUCAGGGUUAUCAUCCUAGCCAGCAUCAGGGCCAGCACCAAGGAUCGGGUCGUAACAAUAGCAACCAGCAGUUCUGGUCGCAGAACUAAAGCGGUUUUCUGAUAGUGCUAUUCGGGUUUAUUCGGCUUUGUGUUUAGUUCUUUUUUUUUUCCUCUUUUUCUUUUUCUUUUUCUUUCGUUGUGUCGUCUGUGUUCAGUAACCUGGGUUUCUUUUUUAAUAAAUUGUCGGCAAGACUUGUAACUGUA